CUAUAUACUCCGUACAUAUAUAUAUAUAUAUAUAUAUAUAUAUAUAUGAUGGGGCUAUUGGAGUGCCAGCCUUGUUCUUUCCGCCCCCAUCCCUUUCCCUUUCUUUUUCUUUAAUUUCGUUCAUUCAUCUUAUUCUAUCUCUAAGGCCCUCUGGUUUUCUAUCAGUUUAAUCUGGGUUUAUAGAUCAGCAUAUUUGGUUCCAAUCGAUCGUUUUAUUUUACUUUCAGAAUUGUUCAAUCGUCUAGUUUUAUUAUCAUGAUCUACGUAUUUUUCAAUGGCUUUUGUUUGGGAAUUUGCUUUUUCAUUCUUUUCUCCAAUUAUAUUUCUAAUAGAUGGAUUCAUUAUACUAUUAAUUUGAACAUCUUGUUAUAUUACUGAAUGAGUUUAAUUCGAGAUUUUUCUGUCUUGGUUUUUUUCAAUAGAUCCAUUCGAUAUUUAAAAAUGAAAUCUAUAAGACUUGAUCUUAUAGAUGUCUUCAUUUUACCAUUGAUUUGGUUCAGUUUCAUCAUAUACAUGAUUUUGGCAUUCUUGAAUGAGAUUUACUGGAGAAUUUGCUGUCAGCUUUUUUUCCAAUUACAUGUGUUCGAUAUUUAAAGAUCCAAGUCGAUUUGAUCUUGUAGAUCUGUUCUUUUAACGAUUAAUUUGGUUCAAUUUUUUUAUUAACAUGAUCUUGGUGUUCUUGAAUGAGUUUUAUUGGAGACAUCGCUGUCCAAUUAAAUUCAUUCGAUAUUUAAAGAUCCUAUCAAUUAGAUCUACAUGAUCAUGGUAUUAUGGAAUGAGUUUUAUUUUUGAAUUUGCUGUCAUAGAUUUUUUUCAUUCAAAUUCAUUUGAUAUUUAAAGAAUGAUCAUAUCGAUUUGAUCUUAUAGAUGGUUAAUUUUCGUAAUGAUUUGGUUCUACCUCUUAAUCUACUUGAUCUGGAUGGUUUGAGCGAGAUUCAUUGGAGAUUUUGCUGUCUUUUUUUCCCAAUAAGAUUCAUUCUGUAGUAUUAAUAGAUCGGUUCCAACUCCUAUUAAUUUUCUUCAAUUUUUUUCGAGUCAUUUAUAGAUUUGUUCCAAAUACUAUUAAUUUUGUUCAAGUAUAUGGUCACAGUGUUCUUGAAUGAGAAUAGAUCUUAUAGAUCGGUUAAAGUUUCUCGUUCAAUCCCGAAAGACUUCUUAUGCCGGACAACAAUGUACAAUCCUCUGUUACUAAAAGGAGGAGCAGAAGAGGAAAGAAGAUGUUUUAUGAAUAUUGGUCUCAGAGAGGAUUGGGCGUAAUUGGGCCAAUGAAACCCAAACAAUUUCAGGAAACCAGAUUUUUUUAAAUUCAAAGAUGCAUUUGACUAUAUGGGAAAUUUGGUCCGCAAUGGGGAGUGUUUGUCCAAGGCCUGGGCUACGUAUUGUUUGUUGGAGACCCAAGAUCUUUUCCAAACCCUAGAUGUUACCUUAAGCCAAUGCAGAAUUAGGAAUGUCCAUUCAUUGAGAAAUGUAUUGGGCUUGCUUGCCAAUCAGAAAUUGGAGGAAUUGCGCACCUUGAUUGUUGAUGAUCCUGCUCUUGAUGCUGAGGAAAAUCACCAGCGUAGGGUAAAUCGAAGAGCUAAAAUUGAUUCUUGGACUCAAGACAGGAACAGGAAUGUGGUUGCAACAAAAAAGGUUGAGCUGUCCGGGAAGAAAGGCCGUUGAUGUUUUUGCUUAGAUGGAUGCGUUUAGGUGAUGGUUUUAACUGGAAUGACUUAAUAUUCUGUGAUGGUUGGAAUGACACUUUCAGUUUUUUCUCUUUUGGUACUUUACUUUGUGUAUUACAAUUAUGAAAAAUUUGAGAAAGAAAAUUUGAUCUGAAUAUUUGUGGGAGAUGAAUCUGUUUUGUGGGGCUCUCUUUUUUCUUCUUGGUAGGAAGACACAGAAGAUGAAAACUGUUUUUAGUGGAAACUGCCUGUUCAUUUUAUUCGCUUCACGGCUAUAUGCAUGCUUAGAGAAAAGGAAGUAAAACUUGCCUCAUUAU